CCAUAAUACAAGAGCAUGCAAGAGCAAAACUCAAACCCAAGAGGGUUUGAACAGAAAGAGGAAACCACCAAAAGGUAUAGCUAAAUGUAAUGCAAGCACCAGUGAAGCAGGAGGUAAUGCAAGCACUGGUGAAGCUGAAGUUGUGGUUGGAACUGUGAGUGGUGCAAGUCAGUCACUAUUUGAAGAGAUCUCUGAUGAAGUUAUGGCAACAAUUCCUGAAGUAACUGUUGAAGACAUUGCUGAAGCUAAUAAGGACAACGCAGACCAUGACAAAGACAAUGUUGUGAAGGGCAAGGCUGUGAAGCAGAAAUCUAUGAAGAGGAAAUUGUAUCAUGGGAAAAGGAAAAGAAGUAGUGAAAGGAUCAUGCAGCAAGCUUUAGCAAAACCAAUUGUUGGAGUUGGUUCAAGUAUUGCCCAGCCUAUAGUGAUUAAAGAGCCACAUGAAGGGAUAUUAACACAAGAAGAUUCAACAAAGCUUGGAACUUGUUAUAGAGCCAUGAAAUCUUGGAAAAAUAUUAACAAAAAUUAGUGCUUACUUGUGUAAUGUCGUAUGACUAUAUGUGCUUAUUUUGUGUACAUUAUGCACUAUAUGUGCUUAUUUUGUGUACAUUAUGCACUAUAUGUGCUUAUUUUGGUGUUGUAAUGACUUAAGCACUAGAUGUGCUUAUUACUAUCUAAUGAAUGAUGCACUUUAAGUGCAGUAGU